AUGUGUGCUUCGACGUCUUUGAAAACAUUACGCAUUAAUAUUCCGCACUGGAACAAAACGGAAGCAUAUAACAAGAAUAAUACUGUGUCUAAUGAUGUUAAUAUUUCUUUAUUAUGGUUCGAUAAAAAUACAUGUUUACAAGACGAUGAGGAUGUAUGUGAAACAAAGCGAAUGCUGCAAGAAAUCAAUAAUAACGCUACCUUUCAUUCUGAUUUUGAUGGCUUGAUGAAAUUUCUUGAAAGCAACUUAAAAGACACAUUCUUUCUCGUUAUAUCCGGCGCGGAAGCAACAAGUGCUACGAUUUUUCAAAAACUUCAUUCUCUCAAGCAUAUUGAUUCAAUAUUUAUAUUUUGUCUUGAGAAGCAAACGUAUGAAACAAUACUCACAGAUCAACAUCCCUCUAAAAUUGUUGGUAUAUUUAACACACAAAGUGAAUUAUGUUAUAAUAUCCGAAAAACAUUGGAUCAUGUAAGAAGACAUUUUGCUGCAUUUACAUUAUUCAAUCAAAAACAACAUUCGAUGCGUAAUUUAUCUCUUGAUUCAAUUCGAUUUUUAUGGCAUCAAUUAUUAAAAGAUACUCUAUGGAAAAUUUCCAGAACAGAUGAUUGGAAGAUAAGAAUGAUAGAAAAAUUUCGUGAUUACUAUCGGGGCAGUGCAAAUGAAUUAAAACACGUUGACGAAUUUGAAACACAAUAUCAAUCGUCAGAUGCUGUUAAAUGGUAUACUAAGGAUAUGUUUAUUUAUAAAUUAAUUAAUCAAGCUUUGAGAACUGAGGAUAUUGAUGCAUUAUAUACACUACGCUAUUACAUCGAAGAUCUGUGUUUAGACUUAAAGAAUAGGUAUGAACAAUUCAGGCAAGUUCACAUUGAAUUAGAAAUGCCAAGUGUCACAUUGUAUCGUGGAUUGCGACUAGAUCGCGACCAAGUAUUAAAAUUAAAAAUGAAUGUAAAAAAUUUAAUUUCAACUAACGGUUUUCUGUCGGCGACUCGCUCUCUUGAUGUAGCAAAAUUUUAUGCUGGCUGGGAUCAACCCUGUCCAUCACCAACGGACAUAACUGAACCCGUUCUCUUUAUUAUUAAUAUAGAUGUCAAUGAAGACAAAAUAAUCGUUGCCGACAUUGCUGCUGAUAGUAUGAUGCCAGACGAAUUAGAAGUAUUGUUUGAUUUAGGUAGUAUAUUUGAGAUUGAUUCUAUUACAGAAGAUGAUACACAAAAACCGUCGAAAUGGACUCUAUCGAUGACCGCAUCAAACGAUGGAAAAAAAAUAUUAAACGAUUAUAUACUUUUCAAACGGCAAGAUAUGGAAGGAUUUGAUACCAAUAUUAUUUUCGGUGAAUUUCUAUACGAUAUGGGCGAAUAUCAAAAGGCAGAGAAAUACUUUGAGAAUCUUCUAUUGACGGAAGAUACACCUCAACGACGCUAUAGUCUUGGUAUGGUUCACUGUCUUAAAGGUGAAUACGAUCAGGCAUUGUAUUAUUUACAAAGUGCAUACAAUAGAUAUAGGGACAUCUUGUUGCCAAUGGCAUCUGUAUCUGAAGGGUUAUUCGAUACUGAUGCAGCUCAAAAUAUCCUAAAUGAAAUGGCUAGAGUUUCAGUCGCUAUUGCUAACAUUCAUUUCGAUACAAAUAAUCCUGAUGAAGCACUGAUUCAUUAUGAAAAAGCUUUGCAUGCAUAUGAAACAAGUAUACCUGAUGGUAGUAGUCCACAAAUAGGAAAUUGCCUACAAAACAUUGGACUUAUUUAUCAACAACAUGGUUCUUAUAAUGAAGCUUUAAAAAAAUUUUAUCAAGCAAAUGACAUGUUUUCUAAAACAUUGCCUGAAAAUCACCCAGAUAGAGCAGGUUUACUACUGAAUAUCGGUAACAUAUACAGACUACAAAGUAAAUAUGAUUUAGCCAUCGAAUCAUACACAAGUGCAUUGAAUAUGUUGAAGAAAAUCUACCCCUCUAAGCAUCGGUUAAUAACUGAAUGUAUGAAUAAUAUUGGCCUUCUCCACAUGUCGAGGCAUCAAUAUGACGAGUCAUUAAAAUGGUUUUUACAAUGUUUAGAAAACUAUAAUGAAUUUGAAUUAUCUAAUACACAACAUAUAUUGUAUGUACGAAUUCAUGAGAAUAUUGCAGAAAAUUAUGAAAAAACAGAUAAUAUAUGUGACGCUAUUCGAUACUAUGAACAGUCGUUAACUACUUUUGAAAAAGCACAACAAGAUGGCUGGCAUAUCGUAAAAUAUGUGAACUCGAAUGAUGCGGGCGAAACAAAAGAAGAAGUGAAAACAUUAACGGAUCUCUUUUCUAUUCUAGAAACUUUCAAAGAACUUUAUUCUGGGGAGCACCCACAUGUUCCUUCGGUGUUAAGAGAUAUUGGAAAGGCGUUCUUUAACGAUAAGAAAUAUAAAGACGCUUUAAAAUAUUACAACCAAUCAUUGGAAAUGUGCGCUAAAUUUCAGUCCUUUGAACAUUUAGAUGCUGCAGCAUGUUUAAAUGAUAUUUCUUCAAUUUAUCAAAUAGAAGGUGACUACUUGAAAGCUUUGGAUUAUGCAACAGAGAGUUACAAUGUUCUAAGUAAAAUAUUAUCAUCGAAACACCCUAAAAUCAAGAGUAUUUUGGAACAUAUUAUCCAUCUCUGUAAUGAAACAGGUGAAUCUAUUAAAGCAUCGCUUUAUUCAGGCAAAUUACGUCUAUCAUGUGAACAAGAGAUCACAUCAGAUGAUUUUGAUAGUGAUCGUAUUCGAAAAAAAAUGUUUUACUUGUACUAUAAGCAAGAAAAAUAUCAAGAAGCUCUGAAUAUAGUGUCUUCAAAGAUUGAUAUAUUUGAUGAUCAACAAUCACAAACAAUAUUGGGUCAGAUUCAUCUCAAACUUGGGCAAUAUGAACAAGCUGUCUUUCAUUCAAGCAAUGCACUUACAUUAUCAUCUAAUGACUCGAAUAUUGUAAGAUGCAACACUCAACUUGGUCAUGCUUAUUUACUAAAACAUGACAAAACGAAUGCAUUACAGUGUUAUGAGAAGUGCGUAGAAAUUUUAAGGCGAGAUAACUCAGAGGAAGAUGAAUUAGCGAAUGUUUUGAUCAAUAUGGGUGCAAUCUGUUUAGAUCAAAACAAUUAUAAUGACAGUCUGUUACAUUACUCGGAAGCAUUAAAAAUCAAAAAGAAAACUGAUCCAAGUAAUAAUGCUCUCAUUGGUGCUAUUAUUAGCUGUAUUGGAAAGUCGUUGUUCAAGAAACACAAUUAUGAUGAAGCACUCGAACACCUUAUAGAGGCUUUCGAAAUACUAAAACAAUCUGGAGACAGUAUAGAACUUGCUACAAUACACGAAUUCAUUGGAAAAAUUUAUUAUGAGAAACCAGAUUUAGAAAUUUCAUUGAAGCAUUUGUUAAUAGCUCUAGAAUUGUAUGACAAAUUGAAAUCAACAGAGAAUGAUUCUAAACUAGAAAACAUACUUGGUACUAUAGCAAACGUGUUGUAUGAUAAACAAGAUUUUCAAACAGCUUUAUCAUAUUACAAAAAAAGUUUGAUAAUUGCCGAUAAUAAUGAUAGUCCUAAUUUAGUAUCUACACUUUAUCAGAUUAGUCAAGUUUAUUUUCAAAUGAAUAAUAUGAAUUAUGGUAUAGAAUAUCUAAAGCGAUGCAUUGAAGUACAAGAGGCACUAGUCGACGAUGAAAAUGAUCAAGAUCUAAUGUCUUUCAAACAAGUUUUAUCGUUUACACAGUUAUUAAAUAGUACUCAUUCACAACGAUUUAUUAUGAAUCCAAUAAUUGGACGAAUUUAUUUACUUCGAUGCAGCGUGCGUCAAGCAUUUGGACUUGACACAAAAAAAUCAUCUUCAUCAUUUGCAUCCUCUGCAUCAUCAGUUGGCUGUUCAGCAUCUUCUUCGUUACCAUUAAACACGACAAAAGAAAAACGGAAAAGAUUUCGCAAACGCCGAUGUCUUAUUUUAGACGUAGAAACAGCAUCAGUAACAAUUUUACCAAUGACUCAAUUUGACGGCCAAGACCCGGCCUCUGAAAAUGUAAAAGAUGAAAUUGUUUUACCAGAACUUUCAAGAGAAUAUUUAUUAAAAAAUCUUUUAUCAAUUCACCCGACUGAACCUGUUGCUGGACGGCGUAGUGUCAAUAUUGAAGCAUUUUCAGGUUCAUCGAACGAUGGCUCAAAACCAAGCAACAGUUUUAUCGUUUUAAAGCCAAUAUCAGUUCCUAUAGAAGCUGAAUGGCCGAAUCCUAUACCAGAUUUUUUUACAGUCGAUGAAAUGUUAUACAUCAGUGAUGUCAUCUAUGCAUUAUCAAGAGAAGAAAAAGCAAAUAAAAUUCGAAAUUCCCAAAAUCAAAUGGUUCACAAUGUUAUUUAUGAAGAUAAUAAAGAUAGUGAAACAACCGGUUCAUCAUUACCUACGAGUCGUGUUAUAGUGGAGUCAUUUGGAAAAGACGAUUUAGAUAAAUCUAUGCGUAUUGAACAGUGGCUAAAUGAUUCAACACCAUCUUGCAAUAUUGUUGAAGAUAUAGAUCAAUGCUGGUCAACAAUAAAUUAUUCUGGUAAAUCAACGUUAAUUUUAUUCAACAGGACAGGACAAGAUAUAUCUUUCACUCAUUUACAUGGACUUGAAUUUUCUGAAAAUACGCUAUUACUUGAUGUUAUUUUGAACGAUAAUGAAUGCCUUCCAUUACUUAUAUCCAAUGAACAUGAAUCAGCUACACUUACAUUCUCUGAAGAACAAGAUUUUCAAACACGACAUGAAUUUACUAUUAAAAUUGGAGAUUUUAUUAAAACUGUACAUGUAACUCCACCACACAAACAACUUUAUGAUUUAGGCCCAUCAUCAAUACCUAAUUGGCCUGUUCAAAUCGCCUGUGAUUAUGAAAUAAGAAAUAAUCAUCGAUUUGUUAUUCUAUGUUCAAUUAUUAAAGUUUGCAAUAACACAGCUAUUCCAUUAGUUAUUUCAAGUAUUAAUCCAAAUGACAUAAAGCAAUAUCAUCGAAUCUCAAAAAUUAAUUUGAAUGAAGAAUAUGAUCUACCUAUUGAUUUAAUUUAUGCACAAUCAACUCCUACAAUAUUUAUUUCUGUUGAUAAAAAUGAUAGUAAUGGCGAAAUAAAUGAAUUCAUUUCAUUUGAUUGGGAAAAACAAUUUUCCGUGGAGAAGAAACUAGAAUUAACAAAUGGAACUCAUGCUCAUUUUGCUCUUUAUAAAAAAUCCAUUGAAAGUUAUUCGGAAAAACAAACAUGUACUGAAGUUGAAUCUCAAUUAGAAGAAUUACAACGAGCAUAUGAGACAUCAGAACAAAAUCUAUCGUCAUUAAAAAUUGACUCUAAAAAUAUACAAACAUAUUUAAAUACAAUUGAAAAACAAUUUGAAUCAUUAAAAGAAAAAUUUGAUAUUCAAGCGAAUAAAAACGAAGAAUUAAAUGUUGAUAAUAAAGAACUAACAGAUAAUAUUAUUUAUCUUCGACAACAAUUACAAGAAAAAGUUCUUCAAGAAGAACAACAUAAUCGAGAGAAACAAGCAAAUAAUAAUUUAAAAAGUUUAUACAAGUUAAACAAACAUUACAAGCAUGUCAACAAGAAAAUGAACAAUUAA